AUGUCAAUUACUACUGAUGCCUGGACAUCUGUUAAUCCCACAGCUAUAACUGGGAUUCAAUCGACUAUCACUUCAGCGAUGGCCGAUUUAAGUCAAACUGGUGGUGAUUAUAGGCAAUAUCUUACUGCUUCAUAUGCAUUGAUUGGGGCUCAGGCGUCUAAAAACGUUCUUUCUUAUCAAUCGGUGUUAGCUACUGCAACUGAUAGUAGUGUUAUUAGUAUGGCAUCUCAAGGGAUUGCUGAAAAUGCUGUCGCCUUAGAAAAAUUAGACAUGACUUUAAACUUGUAUAAAUAUGACUUAAACAGACCAGCUAAUAUCAUUUACUUCACGGUGUUUGCUUUGAUAUUCAUAUAUACGGUUGGAAUGUCUGUUGUAUCGCGUUAUCAUUGGUAUAAUGUGACCUAUAUUUGUGGAUAUGGGUUAGAAUUUUUAGGUUGGUUAGGUAGAAUCUUAGCUAUGAAUAAUGUUAGAAACAAUAAUUAUUAUAUUUUACAAUUUGUGGCAUUAACAAUUGCUCCAGCAUUUAUUAUGGCAGGUAUUUAUUUCUUAUUUGCUCAAUUAGUUGUGGUACAUGGAAGAGCGUAUUCUAUCUUAAGGCCGUUAUGGUAUAGUUACUUGUUUAUAACUUGUGAUGUAGUCUCAUUACUUAUCCAAGCCGGGGGAGGAGCUUCCGCUUCAAUUGCUAGUUCAAGAAAUGAAGAUACCACCACUGGGUCAAACAUCAUUAUUGCUGGAAUUGUAUUUCAAACCGUAGCCAUGACUGUAUUCUUAGGAUUUUAUUUUGAAUUCUUAAACAGACUUUUCUUCAAACACAGAAAUGAAACUGAAUCCACCAGUCCUCUAAAGAAAAGAUCUUUCGGCAGUUUCUUCAAAUUGUUAUUCAAUACCAAAUCAGCUCGUGCUUUCAAGAAAGAAAAUGAUGUCUUUUAUAACGAAAAGUUCGCCCACAUCAGAUCUAAUCCUUUAUUUGGAUACAUGCCAUUAGCAAUCACCGUAUCAGUCGUAGUCAUUUAUAUUAGAUGUGUUUACAGAGUUGUCGAGUUAGCUGAAGGUUGGAGGGGACAUUUAAUCACCACUGAAGUUUAUAUCAUGGUGUUGGAUGCUUUGAUGAUAGCUAUUGCUGGUAUUAUAGCUGUUCCUUUCCAUCCUUAUUGGGUAUUCGGUAAAGCCAAUGUAGUUAAAUUGGCCACUAUCAGAAAAAACUUAGAUGUUCAUGACGACAGUUCCACCAAAGAAGAACCUUCAAGUGGUCAAUAG